UUGAACCGAGUCAAGCCGAUCGCAACUUCUUUUCCCGUCUCGUGCAAUUAAUCUCUUGCUUUUCGCAAACAGCACGAAUCGAGGCGCCUUGACUUUCUUUUCCCCUUGUCACCAAUUACAUUAUUUCCCACAAUCUUCCACGGUAUCGCCCGCUGCGGAAAAAAGUCAUGGGCAGGAAUAUUUCUCAUGGUCGCGGUGGCGCGGGGAACAUCUUCUCCGGCACCGGCGAAUCACGCACCACCACCAAGGACCUCGUCACGCCGACCAUCAAGCAAGAUGUCUUCACCACCGGCCGCGGCGGCUCCGGCAACAUGAUGCAGAACGACCCGCAACAUCCCGAACUGGCGCGCGAACUGCAGGACGUCGAGACCCCGCCGUUGCGCAUGGAGGAGGCGCCGCAUCAUACCGGACGAGGCGGCGUCGCAAACGCAUAUUUCCCCACCCCCGAAGAAGAGAAGCGCAUGCGCGAACAAGGCGAGGCGCAGUUGGCGCGCGUCAAGACCCAGGAGGCCCAGCUGGCCCGCGUGAGAACCCAGUCCAAGGAUCGCCGGAAGGAUCUCGAGCACACGGCCGGGGCGGCGCAUCCUCCUUCUCCUGCGGCCGCAGUGGCCUCGGGGGCUCUCAGCAGUAGCGAGAGUCGCCCGGCCAGCGAGGAGCGACAACCCUCGUCCAGUUGACUAGCACACGUUUGGAGUUGAUUUCCCUCGGAACUUGAUAUGCUUGUCGUUGGCAGUCGGUAUUUGGCAACUACUGGCGGACGAGAGCGCUGUGGGACAGGUAGCUCGCCUUGUCCCCGGUCGGGUUUUCUGGUUCUUCUCCAAACAUAACUAGAUAUUU